GGAUGACAAGACCCAGCGCUUUUUCGAUCAGACGGUCACCGACCUCCCUUUCUUCCUCACUCUCGAGCCGACUGAUCGUUCCCCUGCGUCUCGUCGCCACCGCUCCUCUGCACAUUUCGAUGUGAUGGAGACGGGGUACGACUUCAUUCUCGGCACUCCUUGGUCUCGCUGGUUCCGCAGCACCGAGGCCGAUUGGGCGACCAACAAUCUCGUUCUCAAAACAAAGUGUGGACAGACGUAUUGCGUACCUUUCAUAGGUACCACUGCGAGACCACGCCCCGAUCCUCCUCCCCCGGAGCCUUUCGUGCCCACACCAUCUCCUUCUAUCACUGUCACCUCGCCUCGGCAGUUCGCUCUCUUCAUCAGACAGGACGACGUCACCUUCUUUAUGGUGAACGUGACGGAUCUCUUACACUAUGACCCACCCUGUCCCGACGUCGAGCUCAUCCCUUUGGAGCCAGACCCUCCUUCCAUCUCCAUGGCUCCCAUCUCUACUUCCGUCCCUCCGCGGUCCGUCAAGUCCACCCCGCCGUCGCGCGCUGACGUUGACACUGAGGAACUCGCACGAUAUACGGCCGACUUGGAGCCCGCAGUUCGUGACCUCAUUCGAGAGUACCACGACGUUUUCCCAUCGUCGUUCUCGUACGCUGGCAUCCCACCGAUGCGCGACAUCGAGCACUCCAUCCAGCUUGUGCCUGACUAUCGUGUUCACCACCAGGCACCCUACACACUCUCGAUCCCCGAGGUCACCGAACUCAAGCGUCAGCUUGAGGAGCUCCUGAGACUGGGUUUCAUUAAACCCAGCAACUCCCCAUGGGGUGCACCCGUCCUCUUUGCUCGUAAAGCGGAUGGAACUCUCCGUCUCUGCAUCGACUAUCGUGGCCUCAACCGUUACACGGUUAAGAACAGCUACCCCAUGCCUCGUUCCGACGAGCUGUUCGACCGCCUAGCAGGCAACCGUUUCUUUACGAAGAUUGAUCUUCGUAGCGGUUACCAUCAGAUCCGCGUCGCUGCAGCCGACCAGCCAAAGACAGCGUUCCGAUCGCGCUUCGGCCACUACGAGUUUACGGUGAUGCCAUUCGAUCUCACCAAUGGACCCGCCACCUUCCAGAGGGCGAUGAACGACAUCUUCAGGGACAUCCUGGAGCAGUACAUUCUCGUCUACCUCAACGAUAUCCUGGUCUACAGUCGUACCCUUGAGGAGCACCUCAGACACCUCCACGACGUCCUUGACCGCUUGCGCAGACAUGGCUUCUACGCCAAGCUAAGCAAGUGCCGCUUUGCCCAGCACAAAGUGGAUUUCUUAGGACACUACGUGUCUGACCAAGGUCUCCACAUGGACGACGUGAAGAUCACUGCUAUUGCGGAGUGGCCCGCUCCCACAUCCGCCAAGCAGCUUCGCAGCUUCCUAGGCCUGACCAACUACUAUAGUAAUUUCAUCCGGGGAUACGCUAGGUAUUUCUACGUCCUUACCUCCACCCUCCUCCGGAAGAACCCACCCUGGGCUUGGACACCCCUCCACGAGAACGCCUUCCGCGCCCUCAAGAAGGCGGUGACAUGUGCACCGCGAGAGGGGCGAACCACGACGGAGAUGUCGGGAAGCCCACUAUUGAGGAGGGCGCAGGUGUACACUGCACCGUGGCUAGGAGGCGCCGCGGGGAUGAGAGGCGUCGGGGGGGGACGACGCACGACGCUGGCGGGAAAGGUCAGCGUAGUGGCGGUCGAGGGCGAUAGUGUAAGGGCACCGCGAGGAGGUAUGACCGUCCAAGCGGCAUCGCAAACACCCACGCCGACCCAGAAUAGCUGCGCGCUCCUCUGCGGAAAGGACACCGCGAGGAGGGAUGAAGCCCUGAGGGAGGUCCUCCUGAGGGACCACGGGGGGCGACGCACCAGCGUGACCGGAGCGACUGCGUGCCCAGGAAAGGGUGGAAAGGAUGAGCUGGAGGCGCUCAACCACAAGGAGAGUAGGGUCCUCCAGGUGGUGGUGGACGGCCUCGCCGAGGUCGAGGUCGGCGCUAUGGUCACCCUCUGGUGACAUCGGAGCACCAGCGUCCUACUCACCAUACUCGAGCGUGCAGAAGCGGUGCGAG